AUGUUACCAAAGUUUAUCACGAAUAUUCUUAUUUCAGGCGCUGUUGUUGCCGCUGCCACUCAAGAACCCCUCCAGCCUAAUCGAUGCGACGUUACCUGCCAGCUUGCAUAUCGUAAGGCUCUCGCUCUUGAGUCCAGCCGCUGGGUCAACCAGAAUGUUUCCACAGACGACUUUUACUCCAACCCAUCCAAUCUCUCCGAAUAUUCUGCUGGUGAUCUUGUGAAAUGGGAAAAUGUUCCCGCUGAUCAAGCCUCCAAGAGGUGGACCCUUCCCGGAGGAGUAUCCAUGUCUCGGUUCUUCUAUAUUACCGAGGACAUUGACGGAAAGCCCAUUCCAGCCACAGGCUUUGUCUUGACUCCUUACUCCAACCCACUUGGUAACGACAAACCUUUCCGUACGCUUGUCUGGACCCAUGGAACUGCUGGUGGCACGCGUCAAUGUGCGCCAUCAAACCAUCGCGCUCUCUACUAUGAGUGGUCAGGGCCUUUUGCUCUUGUUCAACAAGGCUAUGUUGUGAUUGCCCCCGACUAUGCUGGUCAAGGCAGUGACAUCCCUCAGGGCUUCAUGUAUGAGUCUGGUGCACUACAUGCUGGAGACGUCAGCUUUGGACUCCAGGCUGCCCGCAAAGCUCUUGGAAAGCGCAUCACUAAGGAAUGGGUCGUUAUUGGCCACAGUGAGGGUGGUUUGACUGCAUGGAGAACUGGUGAGCGAGAGGCAAAGCCUGGCAAAGCAACCGGCGGCUUCCUCGGUACCGUUGCAAUUGCCCCAGCUCUCCAGCCCAUCAAGCUUAUCCCCGAAUCCUUCCGCCGGGCAAAGGGAGGCCCAGCUGGCGAUGUUGUCUCUAUCUUCCUUUUACAGUCUAUCUCGCGCCUCUUCCCCUCGAUCAAGGUCGAAGACUACGUCACCGACAUUGUUCUCAGCCGCAUCGCCCUUGCAGACCAGGGUUGUCUCGGCACAGGAGGUACACUCUAUGGUAGCCUGACCGUGGAACAACUGUACAAGAACACCAGCUGGAUCGAGCAUCCCGACUUCAUUGACUGGCAGAAGCGUUACAACGGCGCUGGAGAACACCCUCUAGCAGCUCCCAUGCUUGUCAUCCAGGGGGAUGCUGACAUUCUGACGUACGCCGAAUAUGCCGAAGAGGACUUCAACGCCACUUGCAAGAAGUACCCUGAGUCGACUGCUGAGUAUAGGCUUUACCAGAAGACGGAUCAUGGUCUUGCUCUUUCGGUUUCCCAGGCUGACUUUUUCCCAUGGAUUAAGGAUCGCUUCAACAAGGUCAAGUUGAACAAGGGCUUCUCUCAGGUCCCUGUCAGCAUGGAUACCUCGUCAUUGAUGCUGGCCCUCCAGCUCCAGCAGCAAGACUUGGACCUAUGGGAACAGUCCAAAAAAGGAAAGCAGCGCGAGGGCGAGCUUGAGUUAAUGACGGCUCAGAUAUCCGAUCAGGUGUUGGCCCUCAGUAUUGCAAGAGCUGUUGAGUCAGAUGGUCAGGUCAUCAGAGAAGCUCAGUUGGCAGAGGAGCAGGCUGCAAGAGAUCGUGAAUACGCCGUCAGACUUUCAGAGGAUCCCAGUGCAGCAGCCAGAUCAGUCGCCGAAAAGGGAAAGCCAGCACAAACAGAUGAGGUGGAGGAUGAUUUGAUUGACAUCUUGAGGUCCAUGAAUCUGGGUCGAUUUGAUAGCUCAAUGUCGGGCCAACCCGAGUCGUCGAGCUGGGCAUCAUCGCGCAAGCCGCCUCAAACACGGGAAUGCAUUGCCUGCAACGACCGAUUUCCACCUCUUGCACUCUCAAAAUCCCCGUGUUCUCACGACUAUUGUCGAGAAUGCCUUGUUGGUCUGAUUCGUUCGUCGCUCCAGGAUGAGACUCUAUUCCCUCCACGAUGCUGUGGCCAGAAUAUUCCCAUCAAACAAGGGCGUUGGCUGUCGCCGGAGCUCGUUGGGCAGUUCCAGGCCAAGAAGCUGGAGUUCGACACCCCAAAUCGCACUUAUUGCAGCGAGCCUUCCUGCUCAACGUUUAUACCGCCUGCUUUUAUCGCUGGUGAUAGAGCUACUUGUCCUAAGUGCAAUCAAAGGACUUGCAUUCACUGUAAGGGGUCGCAUCAUAUCGGUGUCUGCCCUAGUGAUAACGCCUCGCAGCAAGUCUUGCAGCUUGCGGCUCAGAACGGCUGGCAGCAGUGCUAUAAUUGCCGAAGACUCGUUGAGUUAAACUUUGGAUGCUACCAUAUAACCUGCCUUUGUAGAGCCCAGUUUUGCUAUAUCUGCGGCGAGCGCUGGAAGACUUGUCGCUGUCCACACUGGGAAGAAAGGCGCCUGGUGCGAAGGGCCAAUGUUAUUGUUGACCGAGAUGAUUAUGCCGGCAGGAUGAACCCGAGGGCACGACAGGCCCGCAUUGAACAGGAAAGGUUAAAUCUGCUGGAGAACCAUGAAUGCACACACAGAACUUGGAACUGGCGUGGUGGUCGUCACCGGUGCGAGGAAUGUCGCGACGUCCUUCCUCACUAUAUCUUUGAGUGUCCUCAGUGCCAUGUUAUGGCUUGCAGGCGAUGUCGAUUUAACCGGUUUUGA